GCCCCGCGCCGGCCAACGAGAGCAGCUCCAGUGACUCACCUCCGCCGUGCUAACUCCUCGCUCGCUCUCCGCUCGCUCUCCUCUCACUCGCGCUCACACCCGGCUCGAGAUGGCGGCGGCGGCGGCGGCGGCGGCGGCGGGGGACUCCGACUCCUGGGACGCGGACGCGUUCUCGGUGGAAGACCCGGUGCGGAAGGUGGGGGGCGGCAGCACCGCCGGCGGGGACCGCUGGGAAGGCGAGGACGAGGACGAGGACGUCAAGGAUAACUGGGAUGAUGAUGAUGACGAAAAAAAAGAGGAAGCAGAAGUAAAGCCAGAAGUAAAAAUUCCAGAAAAGAAAAAAAUAGCAGAGAAGAUAAAAGAGAAAGAACGGCAGCAGAAGAAAAGGCAAGAAGAAAUUAAAAAGAGGGUAAUCCAGUUUCACGUCAACUUAUCACCCAGUAGUUUUAGUGUCAUUGAUGAUCAUUGUCUAAUUAUUUCUUCAGAGAUUGCAGAAAUGUUAGAAGAACCAGAAGAACCUAAAGUGCUAACACCAGAAGAACAAUUAGCAGAUAAACUGCGGCUAAAGAAAUUACAGGAAGAGUCAGACCUUGAAUUAGCAAAAGAAACUUUUGGUAUUAAUAAUACAGUUUAUGGAAUAGAUGCUAUGAACCCGUCUUCAAGAGAUGACUUCACAGAGUUUGGAAAGUUACUAAAAGAUAAAAUUACACAAUAUGAAAAGUCACUAUAUUAUGCCAGUUUUUUGGAAGCCUUAGUUCGAGAUGUGUGUAUUUCAUUGGAAAUUGAUGACUUGAAAAAGAUUACCAAUUCAUUGACUGUACUUUGCAGUGAAAAACAGAAGCAAGAAAAGCAAAGCAAAGCCAAAAAGAAGAAGAAAGGUGUGGUUCCUGGAGGGGGAUUAAAGGCCACCAUGAAAGACGAUCUGGCAGAUUAUGGUGGUUAUGAUGGAGGAUAUGUACAAGACUAUGAAGACUUCAUGUGACAUUUUAUCUUCUCCUGGUGUCUUCUUUCUGUUGCCCACAAUCCCUUCAACAUGUAGCACAACUUCCUUUCCUUUCAGUUCUGCCAAAUGCUACAAUCAGAAGUGCAGUAUCUUUUGUGCUGGUUAUUUAACCCCUUGACACUUAGGUGCUAAUGUGCAAAUGAGGGAACUUGGAUCUUGCUGCCAAGGGGUUAAAAUUGGGAACCUCUGUUGCUACUAAAUCAUAGUUUCAAAAAACAAACCUGAUGUUGUCAUUGUUGCUGUCUGAUUCCAUAGCAGCAGUCACUAAAUUGGAAACAAAGGUUGCAACAUGACAAAAAAUUGUGUAGUAUUUACCAGCACCAUUCAGUAAUACAGCCUUAACCAUACCUCCUUGAACUACUUCAUAACUUGUCAAGAAAAGCAGUCUGCUGCAAGGGCAUGUGGUGUGCACCUAGUAUUAAAAUUGCUUUGUCUUAAAAUUGAGCGUGAGGAUAUUAAAAAUACAUUGUGAAGAAGACUGCUUAUCUCAGAGUGAAGAUAUGGAGACUGAAAAGCACUAGUUUGAUACUUAAAAAUUAAAUGACCAAAACCCUCCAACUUUGAAGCUGAAGAAGGUAAAUCUCUCCAUUAUUGCAUUACCAAGUUGUGGAAUCUCUUGAAUGCACAGACUGUCUAGUUUCUAUUUAUCAGCCUAUUCUCCUGAUGGAGUUCUUCAGAUGGGGGAGGGAAACUCCUUACCUGUUUAUUUGCCUGAUUUAAGUGUCUAAGAAACAAAUCUUUGUUCUUCGAGGCUGCAGUGAAACAACUUUAACAGGGUUUUGGCAUUUUCUUUCCUUUAUAAAACAUGCUCAGCAAACUGCACCAGUAACUACAGUUUGGUAAAUUGUUAUGUUAACAAUUAUGACAUCUGCAAUGUUUUAUAAAGCAACUAAUUUAAUAAAGUCACUAUUGUGAGGACUUAA